CCCCUUCGACUUUGAUCGUUCCCUCUCUUUAAGAGUUGGAAGAAUUCUGAUCAGUUGAUACAAAAAUGGAUUUAGUGGCUAAGUAUCAGGGUGUUGUUGGACGGGUGUUUGGCAAUGAUAAUUCCAGUUCAAGUGAAGAUAGUUAUGUUGAGCGCUUGCUUGAUCGCAUAAGCAAUGGUACGCUGGCUGACGACAGGAGAACUGCUAUUAUCGAACUUCAAUCUGUUGUUUCUGAAACUCAUGCUGCACAACUAGCAUUUGGAGCUAUGGGUUUCCCUGUAAUAUUGAGUGUUUUAAAGGAGGAGCGAGAUGAUGUUGAGAUGGUUCGUGGGGCUCUGGAAACUCUUGUUAGUGCUCUAACUCCAAUUAGUCAUGGAAAAGUGCCAAAGAAUGAGGUUCAACCAGCUUUAAUGAAUAGUGACUUGCUUUCUGGAGAUGUAAAAAAUAUUUCUCUUCUUUUAAGUUUGCUGUCAGAGGAGGAUUUCUAUGUGCGCUACUAUACACUGCAACUUUUAACAGCUCUUCUAACAAAUUCUCCAAAUAGGUUACAGGAAGCUAUUCUGAGUAUUCCCCGUGGUAUUACACGACUCAUGGACAUGCUUAUGGAUCGUGAGGUCAUAAGAAAUGAGGCCCUGUUACUUCUCACAUACUUGACCCGUGAAGCUGAGGAAAUUCAAAAAAUUGUGGUAUUUGAAGGUGCUUUUGAAAAGAUAUUUAGCAUUAUAAAAGAGGAGGGAGGCUCAGAAGGAGGAGUUGUUGUGCAGGACUGUCUUGAAUUGUUGAACAAUAUCAUUCGUAACAAUGCAUCAAAUCAGGUAUUACUCAGGGAGACGGUGGGCUUUGAUUCUGUCAUACAAAUUCUUAAGCUCAGGGGUAGUGCCUACAAAUUCACCCAACAGAAGACAAUAAACCUUCUCAGUGUGCUUGAAACGAUAAAUUUGCUAAUUAUGGGAAGUCCAGAAACUGAUGCUGCAAAAGACACAAAUCAGCUGACAAACAAAACGGUCUUGGUUCAGAAAAAGGUUCUGGACCAUCUUUUGAUGUUGGGAGUUGAAAGCCAAUGGGCUCCCAUUGCUGUGCGUUGUGCGGCACUCCAGUGCAUUGGUGAUCUAAUCGCUGGUCACCCCAAGAAUCUUGAAGCACUUGCAACAAAAGUACUGGGUGAGGAGCCUCAAGUGGAGCCUGCUUUGAAUUCUGUGCUUCGUAUCCUUCUUCGCACAUCCAGCAGACAAGAGUUUGUAGCUGCUGAUUAUGUUUUUAAGAGCUUCUGUGAGGAAAAUCCUGAUGGUCAGUCAAUGUUGGCAUCUACAUUAAUUCCUCAGCCGCUAUCAACUCUUUAUGCUCCUGUUGAGGAGGAUGUUAACAUGUCAUUUGGAAGCAUGCUAUUACAUGGUCUUACAAUGGGUGAAAAUGAUGGUUAUCUUGAGACUUGUGGCAGAGCUGCCAGUGUUCUUUCUCACAUCCUCAAGGGCAACAACCAUUGCAAAGAAAAGGUUCUGCGGAUUGAACUUGAAGCACCUAUGCCCUCAUUUGGAGGUCCAGAACCUCUAAUGCACCGCUUGGUGAAGUACCUCGCUCUUACCUCCUCAAUGAGAAGCAAAGAUGGAAAAUCAAACACAUCUGGCAAUAUUUUUGUUCAGGCUGUUAUCCUGAAACUGCUGGUUAUUUGGCUCUCUGAUUGUCCAAGUGCUUUGGAAUCAUUCCUUGAUUCACGCCCUCAUCUAACAUAUUUGCUUGAACUGGUGUCAGAUUCCUCUGCCAUUGUUUGUGUAAGGGGAUUGGCUGCAGUAUUAAUGGGAGAAUGUGUUAUUUACAAUAAAAACAAUGGUACUGGAAAGGAUGCUUUAAGCAUAGUCGAUGCCAUAAGCCAAAAAGUUGGACUUACAUCAUACUUUCAAAAGUUUGAUGAAAUGCAGAAAAGCUUUCUUUUUACAUCAGCAAAACCAGCUUUGGCACGUAAACCACUGACAAGAUCUAAUGCUGCCAGCAUGGCUGAUAUUGAAGAUGUGGAUGAUGAGACAACUGAUCAGAAGAACGAGGAUCAUCCUUUGCUUGCAUCAAUCUUCGAUUCUCAGUUUGUCUACUUUGUAAAGCGCUUGGAGGCCGAAAUUAGAGAAAAGACUGUAGAAGUAUACAGUCAACCAAAGAGCCAAGUGUCAGUUGUACCAGCAGAUCUUGAGCAAAAGAGUGGGGAAAGUGAUGGCGACUAUAUCAAGAGGUUGAAGAAUUUUGUACAGAAACAGUGCGUCGAGAUACAGGACCUUUUGAGUCGAAAUGCAACAUUGGCAGAGGAUCUUGCCAAAACAGGUGGAGAUCCUUCAUCUCAACUGGAGCAUAGAGUUAGUGGAGGAUCAGAAAGAGUUCAAUUGGAGACGCUUCGUAUCGACCUUCAAGAAGCUUCCCAACGCAUGGAAAUGCUGAAGAUAGAGAAGGCUAAGGUUGAAUCCGAGGCUUCAAUGUAUAAAAACCUAGCCAGUAAGAUGGAAUCGGACCUACAAAGCCUGUCAGACGCAUAUAACAGUCUGGAAGAGACAAAUUUCCAGCUAGAAAAGGAAGUGAAGUCCUUAAAGAGCAGCGGGGCAACUGCUGCCCCCAACAUCGAGGCAAUAAAGGCAGAAGCGAGGGAAGAAGCUCAGAAAGAGAGCGAAGCUGAACUAAGCGAUCUUCUCGUCUGCCUUGGUCAAGAGCAGAGCAAGGUAGAGAAGCUGAGCACGAGACUAGAGGAGCUGGGCGAGGAUGUGGAUAAAUUGCUAGAAGGCAUUGGCGACGAUGCAGGACUUGGUGAUGAUGGCGACGAAGACGAACAGGACUAAUGCUUUUUUAUUUUUUCCCUAGUGUUUAUUCCUUGCUCGUUGCCUAAAUUUAUUCCUUGUAUUUGUUGGACCUACUGUACAUUACAUCGUGACCCUAAUAGCUCCUGUAAUUUAUUUUUUAAGGAAGUUGUGCCCCAAUGAAACCACUUGUUCUUCUUGACUGUGUUGGACAUUAUUCCAAUUAAGACAAUCUCAGAAAGUUGUUAAUAUUC